UGACAUAUGUAGGCGCAAGAAGAGUGAGUCAUACUUGUCUUGGAUUGUACAAGUCCGCGAUUAAUUUUGGGUGUUUGAUGUAGUUCGAUGUGAGUAAGCUUCGUUACUGCUCACCCCCGGGCCCCGAUGCGCAGUGAAACUGACCCAUGUCCUCUCUUGCUGUUUUGGCUUGGGAUGCUCGCUUUAAGGCGAUGGAAGCCAGAUGCCAGGGAACCGAUGCUCUAACUGUAUUGCGUAUAAUUUCGAAUGUACGUACAUAGAGGCUGCAAAGGUGUGCUCUCCUCCUCGGUCUCCUUGAGUGGCGCUUGACGCUCCCUGCACUAGAAACGAGGUCCGCCAAAGGGAUAUGUCGAGAGCCUGGAGAAUCGUUUGGAGAAGAUGGAGAAGCUUCUACAAAAGGUCUGUCCUGAUGCUGACUUCUCUCAGGAGCUCGGUGGCGGCCCCUUGGACAGGGAGACCUGGCAAAAAGGCAACAUGAAUGGCUCAACCAGCCAUGUUAUGGCCCCUUAUGCUACUACCCCUCUCGAAGAUCUCGUAUCCAGUGACGAUGACGAAAUGGUAUCUGUCCGCCUCGCUGAUCACAUGCAGAACAUGUCUAUCAAUCCAAUGUUGUCCCGCUUCUUUGGAAAAUCCAGUGGUAUCAUGCUGGUCCAAAAAGCUAUCGACCUCAAAAAGGAGUACACUGGCGAUGACGAGAUACACCGACAUGACAUUCUCCAGCCCAAACGCCCCGAGUUUCAUGGAUGCUUCCCUUGGGAGCUGGCCGCCAAGGAUAUUGUCGAGCCGGUCUAUAACUUUCCUCACGAAGAUCUUGCUACCUCCCUUGUCGAUCUCUAUUUCACGCACUAUAAUGUUCUAACUCCGCUGUUACACCGGCCAACAUUUGAGCGCAAGGCGGCGCAGGGGCUCCACCGCCGAAACUCAUCAUUUGGGGCGGUGUACUUGCUAGUUCUUGCCGUAGGCUCGCGCUUCUCUGAUGACUGCCGCGUCUUUUUGGAAAAUCAGAAUGAACAUUCGGCGGGAUGGAGGUUUUUCGAACAGGUACAGAUGGUCAGGAAGACCCUGCUUGGGCCACCGUGUCUGGAGGAUCUCCAAGUGCAUUGUUUAUCUGUGAUCUACUUGCAGGGUACUUCGGCCCCGCAGGCAUGUUGGACCAUCGUUGGAAUUGGCAUACGUCUUGCGCAGGAUGUUGGUGCACAUCGUCGCAAGGCUUACAGCCAUAAGCCUACCGUCGAAGAGGAGCUUUGGAAACGUGCAUUCUGGGUUCUCGUCAGCCUAGACCGUUUGAUGAGCUCAUCGCUGGGACGACCUUGUGCGAUACAGGAUGAAGACUUCGACCUCGAUCUGCCUGUCGAAUGUGAUGACGAAUACUGGGAGCACCCGGACCCGGACCAAAUGUUCAAGCAACCUUCUGACAAACCUUCUCUGGUAUCGUACUUUGUCAAUUUCCUGAAGCUUAACCACAUACUCGCAUUUGCCCUUCGUACUAUCUAUUCGAUCAACAAGCUAAAAGUCCUGCUUGGUUUUGUUGGGCAGCAAUGGGAGCAGCAAAUAGUUGCAGAGCUUGAUUCUGCGCUUAACAAAUGGAUCGACGCCCUUCCUGAUCAUCUGAGAUGGGAUCCAAACAGGGACAUAAAUGACUUUUUCCUGCAGUCGUAUUGCCUCUAUUCGAGUUACUAUCAUGUCCAGAUCCUCAUCCACCGCCCAUUCAUUCCGUCACCCCGAAAACCGUCCCCUCUGUCUUUCCCUUCCUUGGCGAUCUGUACAAAUGCUGCUCGAUCUUGCAGCCACGUCAUGGAUGUAUAUCGAUGCCGAUCUGGUAAGCCGGUGCCUUAUUCGCAGAUGCCUGCAUUCACUGCAGGUAUUGUCUUGCUUCUGAAUAUCUGGGGUGGAAAACGCUCUGGACUGUAUACUGAUCCUACGAAGGAGAUGGCAGACGUGCACAAGUGCAUGUCCAUCUUGAAGUCGUGCGAAAAACGCUGGCACACUGCUGGUCGUCUGUGGGAUAUCCUGUAUGAGCUGGCAUCUGUCGGUGACCUUCCGUUACCCCAGCCUAGUCCCUCUGGCGGAACGAAACGCGAACGUGAUUCAGACAGUCCAAUAUCUGCUCCGCCUACGACCUCACCACAGUCGGAUGUACCCCGCACCAUCGCAGGAUCGCGCCGCAUCGGUCGCGAAGCAGCUGCCCACACUCGCUCAAAUUUUGUGAGCUCAUUUGAUCUUCCGCUCUACAGCGAUGAUCUUGGGCGCCUGCCGCUCCAUGGGCAAGUGAACUUCCCGAACACGUCCCCACAACUUGGCUCGUCAACUAGCAAUAUGUGGUACUCUCACGGGAGUGGGAAUCCGGUGCAACCGCAGACUUCUAUACAAAACGUGCCCCCGCCUCAGGACUAUUCACAGACCUCUGUUCCUGCCGUGUACAACAUGGAUGACAUGUUCUAUGAGCAGAUGAGUCAGUACUCGGCGCAAUACCAAUCACAAGGGACCUCUGCUUCUUCGCCCUAUGACGACGACACUCAGGGGUUACAUAGUCUGAUGAGUGGCACACACCAGCAAAAUGUGCUUCCGCAUCCUAACGCGAACGUUAUGGACACGGACACGAUUGCCAUGUGGUCCAAUGCUCCGACUGGUUUUGAGCUUAAUGACUGGGGAACGUACAUCACUAAUGUAUCUGGGAUGGUAAAUCCCGAUGGUUCGGCCUCACACUCGAGGCAAGGGCACUAAGCUUUAACCUCGUGUCCUUUUCUCGAUUUUUUUUGUUUACACACGUGCGACAGUAAUGCCCAUAAUAUAGUGAGAAGUACACGCUGGCGCUUAGAUGUGCAUAGAUUUUCUAGUUUUUGAGCAACACGAGGCAGCAUCAGCUUAUUAUCCUAU